AUGAGCACAUCUACAGGCCACAGAAACCCGGGACCUGACCGUUCUGAUAGCGUCGAAAAUCCUCUUUCAAAGCUUCAGGUAUACAAUGAUAUUUGCGAAUUCGAAGAUACGCUAGGGAAACUUGUGGCAUCUGUAGAUAGGUUCAACCCGGACCUCGAGCUCGCACGCGCACUCAUAGAGGCCGACAAACAGCUUUACAAGUCCCUGGAGUGUCUUCCGAAAUACGACGAGAUCGAUACCAGAGCCAAGACGCUAGACGAGGAACACCGGGAUACGGAUGAAAAAACAAUUCGCAUCUUAGAAACGCUCACAGAAUGCGGAAGUGACCUCAAUGCGCUCCCAAUGCUCGAGCAGGUUGAGUUUGAGCGUGAGACAAUGCUCAAACAGCGAGAAAAGGUCUUCACAGAUGUCCUUCUAGAUUAUGCAAUGAAGCUGGCUAAAUUCACUCACGUACCGCCUACGUUCGAUAAAGGCACCGUGGGCCCCAACAACUUUGUCUGGCCAGCAGAGGACGCGAUGAGGAGAGGCAUGCUGGCUAUAGCCUCUCUGCGAGCGUCUGAAGGUGCAAAUGCGCAAGAGCAGCAAGCUUCCUCUGAGCAGAAAACCUCUGAGAAAAGCUCUGAGAAUGAAGAAGCGCAAACCGACAUCCGUUCCCCGGAUACAAAGGAGGAACCAGUCGCUAGAAGGCCUUCGUUCGGGUUCGACGGGAGCGGUGCUAAGGAUCACGAGAGUGAGAAGGCGGAUGAUGAUAUUGACUUGGACUUGGACCUGUUCAAUUCGGAAGAAUUCUAA